AUGAAAAUGUUUCAAAGCUUUGGCUUUUUUCCAACCUUGGUUCUUCUUGGUUUUCUUACAUCAGUAUUGGUUCAUGCCCAGGAUGGGGAUCAAUCAGGAUUUAUAAGCAUAGAUUGUGGAAGUCUUGAAGCCUACACAGAUAAUCUAACGGGCAUUAAUUACACACCGGAUGCAGGUUUUAUCGACAGUGGUGAAGUCCAUAACGUAUUGUCGAUAUAUAACUUGCUUAUCAUUGAUACACAACUUAACACACUCACAAGUUUUCCUGUAAACACUAGAAACUGCUACACCCUACAACCAACCCAAGGAAAGGGUUAUAGGUAUCUCAUAAGAGCACGAUUUAUGUACGGGAAUUAUGACUUAAAGGGGGAGCUUCCAGCGUUUGAUAUAUAUCUUGGGGCUGAUUACUGGGAUACGAUUAAGUUUAAUUCGUUUUCUAAACCAGUAACCAUUGAAAUUAUACAUGUCUUGUCAUCAGACUAUGUACAUAUUUGUCUGGUAAAUACAGGACAUGGAACACCUUUCAUAUCAACAAUAGAACUGCGGCUUCUGGCAAAUAAAAUGUAUACAGAAAUUGAUAUCGAAUCAUUAUACCUUUUUGCAAGAGCAAAUUUUGGAACUGCAUUUGGAACAAUCAGAUGUACUAACUUCAGUUUUAUUUAUUCGCCAUAUAGGUACAAGGCUGACAAGUAUGAUCGACUGUGGAGUCCAUUUAAUCCGCCUAAUAGUACUAGCAUAUACACUUCAGAUAAGGUUGUUGCAGGACUUUGGACAACCAUUGACCCGCCAUCAGAGGUCAUGAGGGAUGCCAUCUCUCCAAAAUAUCCGAAGGAUUCGCUAGAUUUAAAAUGGACGCCAGAUAAUACCAGUGAUAAAUUUAUCAUUUACAUGCACUUUGCUGAAAUUGAAAUAUUGAAAAAAAAUCAGACCAGAGAGUUCAACAUUUACCUAAAUGGAAACAUCUCAUUUGGACCUUUCUCUCCGCUAAAUCACACAGUCACCACUAUCCGUAGCACAGAACCUGAGACAAUAGCACCCACAUAUUUACUAACAAUAAAUAAAACUAAAGGAUCAACCCUUCCCCCAAUCAUCAAUGCUAUCGAGCUUUAUACUUUAAAGCAGCUCCAACAAAGACACACAGAUGACCACGAUGCUGCUACAAUGUGGAGCAUUAAGUCAACUUACAACGUUGCAAAAAACUGGCAAGGAGAUCCAUGUACUCCAUAUAAAUAUGUUUGGAAUGGUAUCAAAUGCAGCUACAAUGAUACCAAAUAUUCGAGGAUCGUGUCGUUGAACUUGUCUAACAGUGGCUUGAACGGCGUAAUAUAUCAUGGGUUAGCUAAUCUCACAAUGAUGCAUACCCUGGAUCUGUCAAAUAAUAACAUAACAGGAACUGUGCCGGAUUUUCUCUCUGGAAUGAACUCCCUAACAGUCCUCAAUCUAAAAGGAAACAAUUUUGUCGGGCCAAUUCCAGCAGGGCUUCUAGCAAAGGCGAGCAAGGGUUCAUUGACCUUAAGGUUCGGUAGCCAUUUGCAUAACCAAAAAAAUUAUGAUGACAUAAGUACGGGAGAUGUUGCAAGUUCUUGCGGAAGGAGUAACUGUAAAAGUAAGAAGGAUAACAAAUUCGUUGUUCCAGUAAUAACAACAGUUGCAUCAUUCAUUGUGAUCUUGUUGGCAUUCAUCGCUAUAUUGUUGAUUAAAAACCAAAAAGAGCAAGGUAUGAGAAACACUGCUCUUUAAAUCUAUAGCAAAAGAAGAGGCAUGGGGCCGGAAAUAAGAAAACAGCAGUACACUUACUCAGAGGUACAAAGCAUCACUGACAAUUUCAACGUUGUUAUCGGGAGAGGAGGAUUUGGAACAGUUUACCAUGGAUAUAUCGGUGAUACCCAAGUUGCUGUGAAGAUGCUUUCCACCUCAUCUCAACAAGGGGACAAGGAAUUUCAGGCAGAGGCUUAUCUCCUUCUGAGUGUUCAUCAUAAAAACUUGACUUCACUUGUUGGGUACUGCAAUGAUGAAAGCCACAAGGGAAUCAUCUAUGAGUACAUGGCUAACGGAAACUUGGAAAACCAUCUAUUCGAUACAAGUUCGAGUGUCUUGGAUUGGGAACAAAGGCUACAAAUAGGAUGCGAUGCAGCAAAUGGGCUACAGUACCUGCAUCAUGGUUGCAAGCCACCGAUAGUCCAUAGAGACGUCAAGUGUACCAACAUCUUACUGAAUGAAACACUUCAAGCGAAAUUAGCAGACUUUGGGCUGUCCAGGGCUUUUCCAGCAGAAGGGGGUACCCAUAUAUCAACAGUAAUUGCUGGCACUCCUGGUUACCUCGACCCUGAGUACUACACGUCAAACAGGUUGACUGAAAAAAGUGAUGUUUAUAGCUUCGGAGUUGUGCUUCUAGUGAUAAUUACAGGCAAACCAGCAAUAAUCAAAUAUGAAACCGAUAACAUUCACAUAAGUCGAUGGGUCAAUUUAAGGCUAGCAGAGGGGGAUGUGAAAAACAUUGUGGAUUCUAGUAUACUUGGGGAUUUUGACAUCAAUUCAGCAUGGAAGGCAGUGGAACUGGCAAUGGCCUGUGUUGCCCACACACCAAGCAGAAGACCAACCAUGAAUGAAGUGGUAAUGGAGUUAAAUGAUUGUUUGGCGACAGAAAGAGCUCGUCAGGAGGCCAAACCAAAGACUUUAUCGGCACUCACGUCUCUAAAUUUGGAGAAUGUGCAAGUUCAAGUUCCAAACCCAAGUUAGUGAAUCAGAAACAAAAUGCGUUAAAUUCAUGUACAGUUUUAUAUAAGAUAUGUUGUGCAAAUAGCUUCUAAAGUUUAUUUUCUUUCUAGAAUGAGAGAUAAGACUGCACAAGCUUAGCUCUUCUUUCA